CUUCGGAUUUUGAUCCAUUGUUGCAUCGUAAUUUAGUGCUGCACAAUCAAAUCGUUACAACUUCGAACAUAUAAUAAAGCCGUUCAUGCAGUCGUUUUUUUGAAGGUAAACUUUUUUGAACGCAUUCGCACGUGUAACGGAAAUCCUCGCAUUUUUUGUGUUAAGAUUUUUAGGUUACAGUGCUAUAAGUUGAUAUUUUGGGACAUCUCAAGUGCGGAAGUUUAAUUUCAAAUAAGGAGAUUUUCUUUCACUAACAGCAGGCUUGGGUUUAAAAUUUAUCUCGCGCUCACUUGUUUCGCUUGCGCUGUGCGUGUUCAUGCGGGUUGCUAUGCAGGUCAGAACACGCGUUACAACGCUGCAGCGUGAACUGUAAAAGAUUACGUCGACUAAAGCAUUUUCGUGAAAAAAGUAAAAAUUGUUUUAUUUCAUCAACGACAGUGUGUGGUGUGUAUACGUUUUCUGAAUGAUGUACUAUUUGCCUGACUAUGACUCCGAAGAAGUGGAUCGUCUUAACCAAGAACAAUUAGAAAGAUUAAAAAGAUUACGAGGAACGGUCAAUUGGAAGAGCAAAGAAAAGCGAUGUGAAUUUCUCCGACAAGUUUAUCCCUUAUUCGGAAAAUGGAAGGGCAAACAUCCUGAUCUCCGACAGAUUUUUCGAAAGGAAGAAAUUGAUCAUCUACUUGCAGAUUCCAUAGAUCACUUGAGUGGAACUUGGAAUUAUUCAGGAGAAGCAUUUUUUGACUUUUUAGUUGACAUCGGCUACAAAGACGAGCCUGAUGUUGAUGAAGACGGCCAGCCACUGUUGCGGCGCACCACUGCUGUGCAUCGGGCUGCCAGAGACGGGAACUACGACUGCGUCGAUGAACUUUUUAAAAUAUACUGCAGAUUCGACGUGAAUUACAUCGACGAUUCAGGCCUAACGCAUUUCCAUGUGGCUUGUCAGUCUGGAUACGAAGACAUCGUUAAAAAAUUCCUCGAGUUUGGACAGGAUGUCAAUUGCCUCGUGCAAAAAACAGGUGAUUCACCGCUACACUUGGCUCUGGCCAAAGACGAAAUCGAAGUGAUUAAAUUAUUGCUGCGAAAUGGCGCCGAUCCAAAUGUCAUCAACUUGGAGGGACUGACACCUUUGCAUAUUAUGUGCGUAAGAUACGACGACGACGAUGACUUAGAGGAGAUGAUAUUUGAGAUCUGCGAUGACAUCCAACAGAUUGUGCAGAUCGACGCUCGGGGCAAGUUUGAUAACACACCAUUACAUUGGGCUCUAAGCUGUAACUACAAAAAAAUGGUCGAAUCGCUGCUAAAAAGAGGCGCCAAUCCCAACGUGGCCAACGUGGAUGGAUCGACUCCUCUGCACUUUAUAUGCAAGAAAUUUUACUACGAUGAUUUGGCUGAAAUAUUUUUCAAGAUCAAUGACGAUAAACAUCAGUCGAUUGAGGUCAAUGCUCAAGACAAAUUGGGCCGGACACCCCUUCAAUGGGCUGUGGCUAAUUUCAAGCCAGAUGCAGUCGAGUUACUGUUGGAUCAUGGUGCCGAUUUGUCUAGCUUCAUUUUCCCAACUGCAAAUGACUUUCGCGUGAUGUUUAACACGGAAAAUGAUUCUUCGUUUAAUUUUAAAUUGAGGCUAGCUUCUGGCGCCCUCGCCGUCAUCGAGCGUCUAGAAAAAAGAGGAUACGAAAUGGAUCGAAAGGACGUCCUAACCAUCUUGGCACUAUUCGCUAAGUACGGAUUGUUCGACAAGUCGGCGGAUCUCGAAAAGCUUUGGUACGACGACGAAAGGAUCGCGAGAAUAGCGAAAAAGCUAAUGCUAAUAGAUGAUUAUCCGAGCUUGUCGCUCUAUGACUUGACUCAGUCCCGACCAGAUGAGCCGGCAAAACUACUCACGUACAUGGAAUACUUCAAGAUUGCGCGUGUGGAUAUUUCUCUACUUUUCUCCAAUUAUCACAGCGAGGCCUGCACCGAGCAACUGUGCGAGACGAUGGCGAGAGGAUUUUUUCGGCGAUGGGCGCUGGAGUUUUUCUUGGAGUUGACGGGCCAACGACUACCCAUUCUUUGCUGCGAUAAAAUUAUCAAAGAGUUGAUGAACCAAGAUUUAUACCACAUUUGCUUGGCGGCUAUGGGUCAAGACUCCCUAUGA